AUGGCCACAUGCACAAAAUACAGCUGUCCCUCCCAGUCCGCCCCCCUAACCGCAUCCCCAUUCCCCAUCCAUGCCCCCUCCCCAACACAAGUCCAAGUCCGCAUCAAAGCCAUCGCCAUCAAUCCCGCCGACACCAAAAUGAUAGACCACUCCCACCGCGGGACAACAUACCCCCUCAUCCCUGGGCUCGACGGCGCAGGCAUCAUCUCCGCCGUCGGCAGCAGCGUCACGAGUUUCAAAGUCGGCGACGAAGUGCUCGCUUUAUUUGCACCCGGAGAUAAGGGCGGUUCGUAUCAGGAAUACGCACUGGUAGAUGAAGCCAAGGUUGCGAAGAAGAGCGGGCUGUCGUUUGAAGAGGCAGCUAGUCUGGGUGUGAGUUACUUUACCGCCGUGAUGGGGCUAGGAAUUGGGCUUGGAAUGAGCUUGCCGUUUAUUCCUGGCACGGUGGGAGAUGGCUUCGUCCCCAAGACGGUGCUGGUUCUGGGUGGGAGUUCCGCACUCGGCGCGGCAAGUAUUUUACUGUUAAGGCUUGCUGUUCCGUCUUGUAGGAUCCUGGCUACUGGGUCGAAGAGACAUCUUGGCCAUAUUACGGAUUAUUUAGGUGCAGAUGUUGCCAUUGAUAGAAAUUCGGGUUCUUUGGUGGCGGAUAUCAGGGCGUCCACUGAAGGUGGGAAAGGAAUUGACGCAAUUAUCGAUACCGUGGGUGCUGGCGCGGAGGAUAGUAGCAUCUUCGAGGUAUUUGAAUCCAGCGGACCGAAGAAGUACGCGCAGGUAUGGACUGGUGAAGACGAGAUUCGAGUUCCUGAAGGCGUAGAAUCAGUCUUGUUCAGGAGCCGGGAUUUCGGACUACUGCAAGGCGGGACGAAUAUCAUGCAAGGACUGCAGACGCUUCUUGAAAAAGGACAGUAUAAGCCGCCUUUGCCGGUGAGAAUCGUAGGGACAGGAAUUAACGGGCUGAACCAAGGGCUGAACUUGAUGAGGAAGGGCGUAAGUGGUGAGAAGUUGGUAGUCAGUUUGUAA